UAGAAAAAAAGCUUUUUUCUUCUUCUUUUUUUUUACUUUCCCUUUGCAUUCAACAUUUCACACAUACAUACAUAUUAUGAAAGAUCUUGGAAAAGAUGGCACAGAAGAACAACAUCGAAACGCGACCCCACUUAAACUCUCAAAACGAGCGUUAAUGAUUGAAGAAAAAUUAAAACGAAAGACGCAAGUGUCUCUUUUCGACACCGAUGGGGAUUUAAGUCGACACAACAUCAUUGAGGGUGGACGUCGUAAACGUACGGUCUCCAUGGAAGAAGGAAAGAAAAAACCCACCAAAAAGACCAAGCUCGUAGCCCAUGCCAAAGAAAAGCUUAUGCCAACUCCUCGUCAUGUCUUGGACAAGGCAAGGAACCAAGCCAUCCUGUCUCGUGUACAGAAAAUGGAAAGCUUGAAACAAUGUCACGAUGCUUCUAUCAAGGAACUUUAUCAUUUGGAAAUGUUUCAAAAUAUGUUGGAUUAUAACCCGUCUUCUUUUAUCAAUGAUGUUCGCUACAACAAGUACAUGCAAGAUUAUGAUUUAUGGGAACACGUCAAACACCAUACACGAGUUGACAAUGGACUUUUAGAUCUCGUCUCUAGCGUGAUUUACGAAUCUACGCAUAUACCCACCCACGCUACCACCACCACCGCUACUGGCACCACCGUAGCUGACACCAUCACCCUUCAUUCCGGCACAGGCUUACGUCGUCACAACCGACAAUUUAUCACGUUACAAGCCUAUUUAGAUUCCUUUGUGGCCGGUGAGGAAGGAGGGGAAGAUAUCACCCCACAACAACGUCAAGCUCUCAUCGAAAAGGAACGCGGUAUCCGACAACGACUUUGGAACCUACAACAACGAGGUGGGUUCUCCACCCAUCUACAAUCUUUGGCCCAUCGUCGACCACAACAACCCACCGUCAAGACAGAUUUUCACAAGGAUGUGAUGAUACGACACAUGCAGGCAUCGUCGAAACUGAUCCAACAUCAUGCCAAAUACAAACGAAAUGCAGCACGUAAAUGUGCCAAGGCCGUUGAACGCUAUUGGGAGAAUAUCAAGACGCGUGAUGAACGCAUGGAACGAGACGAACAAAAACGCUUAAAGAAGUUGGCUAAAUGGACCGGACAACAGGUCAAGAAGAAAUGGAAGAUCGUCGAACGUGUGUGUGAAGCGAGGUUAAAGGAGGUGCAAAAGGAACAACAGGCAAAAGAAGGGAGAAGGCAUUUGGAAUUGAUUUUGGAGCAUUCAGAGCAUAUGUUGGGUGUUCGAAAAGACGAGCUGAGGCAGCACGAUGAAGAGGAUCGUACAGCGGAUGAAGAGGACGACGACGAAGAGGAUCAUACAGCAGAUGAAGAAGAGGAUGAAAGAGAUCACAUCAUUGAUGAAGAGGACGACGAUGACGACGAUGACGAUGAAUUGAGAGAGCUCGAACAAGAUCAGAAUGUAUCCGUACAAGAUUUAAUGAAGAAAUAUCAACGUAUGCAAUCCGAGACAUCAGACCAUACAUCCUCUCCUUCCUCUUCCUCCUUGGAAGACGAUGCUGAAUUCUCCAUGCUUUCCGAUGAUGAUGAGGAUGUCGUGAUGGAAGAGGAUGGACAAAGUGAAGAUGAUGAUACUGAAUUAAACGCCUUGAAUGAAGAAGCCAAUUUAUCCGUUGAAGAACUCUUAUUGAAAUACAAGACGGAUACAACCCACAUGGAUGAUGAACGCACCGUCACGGAUUACGGAUCUUCCUCACCUAUCGCCGAUGAUGCUGUCACCGAACACGAGGUACCUGCCAUGAACAACAGUAAAAUUCAUACCAGGAUACCUUUCUUGUUACGUGGUACAUUACGUGAAUAUCAACAUGUAGGGUUGGAUUGGUUGGCUAGUUUAUAUAAUAACGGAUUAAAUGGUAUCUUGGCAGAUGAGAUGGGUUUAGGCAAGACGAUCCAAACGAUUGCGUUGUUAGCGUAUCUUGCUUGUGAAAAGGGUGUAUGGGGACCUCAUUUGAUUGUGGUACCCACCAGUGUCAUUUUGAAUUGGGAAAUGGAGCUCAAGAAAUGGUUACCAGGGUUUAAGAUCAUGACCUAUUAUGGUACCCCCAAGGAACGUAAAGAGAAACGAUGGGGAUGGUCCAAGGAAAAUGCCUUUCAUGUGUGUAUCACCUCCUAUCAACUGGUAUUGCAAGAUCAAAACGCAUUUCGACGCAAGCAAUGGCAAUACCUGAUUCUGGAUGAAGCGCAUCAUAUCAAGAACUUUCGAUCCCAAAGGUGGCAAGUGUUAUUGAACUUUAAUUCAAAGCGAAGGCUCUUGUUGACAGGUACACCUUUACAGAAUAAUCUGAUGGAGCUUUGGUCUUUACUGUAUUUCUUGAUGCCGAACGGUGUAUCGCAAGAUAUGCCUAUUGGCUUUGCAAACCUCAAGGAGUUCCAGGAAUGGUUCUCCAACCCUGUGGAUCGUAUGAUUGAAAACGGACAUGGAGGAGAAAAGAGUGAAGAGUCUCGCGCCGCCAUUCGUAAAUUGCAUACGGUUUUACGGCCUUACCUCUUGCGUCGAUUAAAAGCAGACGUGGAGAAACAAAUGCCAGAGAAACACGAGCAUAUUGUCUAUUGUCGACUUUCGAAGCGUCAACGGUACCUCUAUGAUGAUUUCAUGGGUCGUGGUAAAACAAAGGAGACAUUGGCCAGUGGUAAUUUUCUCAGCAUCAUUAAUUGUCUCAUGCAAUUACGAAAAGUGUGUAAUCAUCCGGAUCUAUUUGAGGAACGACCGAUUUUAACAAGUUUUGGGAUGCAUGAUGAAGUGUAUUAUGUAGGUCAACAGAUCGAACAGAAAACACGCAUACAACCGGAUGUGAUGAAGAAGGUGGAUCUGGGCUUUUUAAAUUUGGUCUUUCUGGAUGAAGCGCAUCAGCGCGUGCAAAGUGAGGGAGUGGCGCAAGACACGAUGCGAUUAGAGGCUACAACCGAGAUGCUUAAAACCAUAGCUCGACAUCAGAAACGUAUCACGUUGGCAGAAUCUCGUGGAGUCACUCAUCGAGACUAUCAUGACCUCAAGAAAUAUGCAAAGUAUCGAGAAAUGCAAAUGCACAUUCAUGCUGUGAAUAGAUGGAAAAUGAUUCACUAUGUAAAUGGCUUUCGAUGUGCAAGAAAACCCAUGUACGACGCCAAUCUUGUUUCCAUGUUGCAAACACCAAAGAAGAACCAUCAUCCUAGGGUCGUUGUCUUUUCGUACAAGCAACGUUUAGAGGCGAAUUUAGCCAUGAUGAAUCAAGUGGGUUGUAUUACACCUAAAGUGGUGGUCAUGGUGGCGACGGGCAGAACAAAUGGUUCCAAAUGGGGGAAAGUGGAUGUACCGGAAUUCAUAAGAGAAGCGAUGGAUGUGGAAAACGACAUCUUUCAUCCUAUUCGGUCUAGACUAUCGAUUGCGUUCCCGGAUAAACGUCUUUUGCAAUACGAUUGUGGUAAAUUGCAAAAGCUAGAUAGACUGUUACGAGAAUUAGCUAGCGGAGGUCAUCGUGCUUUGAUUUUCACACAAAUGACUCGGGUACUGGAUGUAUUGGAGACCUUUCUCAAUAUGCAUGGACAUCGCUAUCUGCGACUGGAUGGAGCUACCAAAGUAGAGCAACGACAGAUGAUGACGGAACAUUUCAAUAACGAUAAACGUAUUCUGUGUUUUAUUCUUUCAACACGUAGUGGAGGAUUGGGUAUUAAUCUCACGGGAGCUGAUACGGUGAUCUUUUAUGAUUCCGAUUGGAACCCAUCGAUGGAUAAACAAUGUCAAGAUAGAGCGCAUCGUAUUGGACAAACCAGAGAUGUCCAUAUUUAUCGAUUUGUGACCGAGUUCACCAUUGAAGAAAAUAUCUUUAAAAAAGCCAAUCAGAAACGUAUGCUGGAUAAUGUGAUUAUUCAAGAAGGCGAUUUUACAGAUGAUUAUUUCACCAAGAAGAAUACGGAUGCGUGGUGGAAGGAAUUACCAGAGGUAACGGGAGAAGAAUAUGAACGAGCGUUAUUGGAAGCGGAAGAUGAUGAGAAUGAUGCAGCGGCAGCUAUUGCGGCACGGAAAGAAAUGAAUAUGGAUCAUCAUGAAUUCCAAGAGGAGGAAGAAGAGAAGGAAGAAAUGGAUAGAAAUGGUAAUGAACCUCGUUGUCAAGGAGUAGGCGAGGAGGAGGAGGAGGAGGAAGGGAAUACACCAAUCGUAAGUGACACUGAAGAGGCUGCUGUAUCAGAUAUGCAAUCGGGAGUAGGACAUGUGGAUAACUACAUGUUACAGUUUUGGUCGAGUCAAAUGUUGGGAAUAGAUCUUGGAUUUGGACCUGCUGUAUAAAAUAAUAAAGUGUCCGCGCACACUGGACUUUUAACCUAAUUAGGACAUGUUUUGUGCAUUAAUUAAAGGGCAUGC